ACUUGAACGCUGAAUAAUGGCUGUCCCAAAAGCGGAGUCGGGAUUAUGAGUACCCGGUACCUGUUAACAGCUGAAUCAGCUCAGCUAAUGAAAUGUUUCCGACAGAGGGUACUGUUGUUUCUUCUCUGUCGUAUGAGCUUAGAAUCUACUAUGACUCUGAGGCUGAAGACCAGAAUCGAUCAAGUACCACCAUUCCAGAUGGGCCAGGAGUUAACAACGUUCAAGCCUCCCGGCCCCCGAACUCAAGUCGGCUUCUCGAGGAUUCUCGUGGGUACCUUUCAAGUACAUUCGUAAGGCUUAUUCACAUGGAUGUCAGCAACUGACUGAAGCGAUGCGACAACAGAUGUCACAGAGUCCUACCGUCUCACACAUAAAUAUGAGCACCCCUUCGCCUGAAAUCACCCAAAAUUCUAUUCAAUCAUCAUCACCACAAUGUCUGAACAGCUCACUCUAUACCUCCACCCGCUCUCGCCCUAUAGCCAAAAGGCCGAAUUAGCUCUCAUCGAGGCCAACGCACCCUACACAGGCUACAAAAUCGAUGUAUUCAAUAAGCCAGAGUGGUUUGUUAGCAAAGUGAACCCCGUUGGCAAGGUGCCCACUGUAGCAUAUGGAGGACCCAGCGUUAACCCCGACGAACCUUCACCCGCUUCCAGCAAAAUCACAGAAUCGAAUGUCAUCCUCGAGUUCUUGGCGGAUCUCUAUCCAAACUCUGGCCUCCUGCCAAAGGAUCCUGUUUCACGCUCCAAAGUCCGUUCGUUCCUCGAUGCGAAUAGUAAAUCCAUCGAGGAGCCGCUUUACGCCUUCCUCGGAGGGGUGGGGUCAUAUGAGAAUGUCUUGAAGGGCAUUGAAGCCAUCCAAGGACUUCUUGAGGAGGACGCAGAUUUCGCAGUUGGAGUUCAUUACACCAUUGCAGAUGCCUCCAUCUCGCCACACAUCGCAAGGCUCAGGAUCAUCACCGAGACCGACGCAGGCCGAUUCCCUGCCGGCAUGGGGAUCAAGCUGGGUGAGGAGCUAAAGGGACCCAAGUUUGCUAAAUUCACGAAAUACGCCGACCGAGUAUUGCAGCGUGCAAGUUUCAAGCAAACCUUUGAUCAGGAGGGUGUGGCCACAUUCUUCAAGACGUUUUAUGCGCGCGCGCAGUGAACAUAUACCUGCUAAAAUAGAAUAGAAUUAGCUUCGUACGAUAUAGCUUACUCAGUUUGCAGUAUAUCCAGACGAAUAUUAAUAG